CCCGAGAGGAUGGUUCAGGCUGCUGUCUGGGAACAAUCAAGCAAAGAACAUCUCAGCUUGACGAUGAUGAUACGAUUUCCAUAUCGCCGGCCCAUGUCCAACAAAAUCAAUUGGUGGAUAGCAGCUUCGAAAUGGUGUUUCAAGCCCUUACAAGGGCCUGAAUAAAUUGUGCAUCUUAACCCUGCAAUUCAUCUCCAGAGCUGCCUGUCUAGCCUGGCCACCUGGCUACGGCCGCUACGCUCGGUGUCGUACAAUGUCUCUCAUAGCGCCAGCCUCCCGUUUCGACGGUAAUCACCAGCACAGUGUCAACAGCCUGAUUGUUCUUCGUAAUCGUAGUCUCUUCUCUGGUUGAG